AUGUCUGACGAGAAAGUAGCUGCACCAGAACACAAGGAGGUCCUUGCCAAUGGCACCGAAUCCCUCGAGUCCAACAUCGGGGGCCAGUUCGAUGGGCCCCGUACCGCUCGUCUGCUGCGCAAGAUGGACUGGAAUAUCGUUCCUUUCCUCGCGCUCUUGUACCUCCUGUCUUUCCUCGACCGAACCAACAUCGGUAAUGCCCGUCUUGCCGGUCUUGAAGCAGACCUAGGCAUGGACAAGACGUCGCUUCAGUACAACACUGCGUUGGCCAUUUUCUUCCCGUUCUACGUCGCGGCUGAAAUCCCAUCUAAUAUGAUGUUGAAGCGCACCCGUCCGAGCCUCUGGUUCGCGUUCAUCAUGGUCGCCUGGGGUCUCUGCAUGACUUUCAUGGGCUUUGUACACAAUUACACGGGCUUGCUCGUCGCUCGUGCAUUCUUGGGUAUCGCUGAGGGCGGUCUCUUCCCUGGUGUCACCUUUUACAUUACCAUGUGGUAUCGUCGCCACGAAUGCGGUCUCCGUAUGGCUAUCUUUUUCAGCGCCGCCACCGCUGCUGGUGCCUUCGGAGGUCUCCUUGCCCGUGGUAUUUCCGAGAUGAACGGCCUCGGUGGAAAAGCCGGAUGGGCCUGGAUUUUCAUCCUCGAGGGUAUUCUUACACUUAUCAUCGCUGCUGUCGCCUUCUUCGUCAUCAACGACUACCCCGAGACUGCUCGUUUCUUGACCGAGGAGGAGCGGCUCGAGGUUGUCAGGCGUCUCCGCGAGGAUCGAAGUGCCCUGGCCGAUGAGUUCGGUAUGAAGUACUUCUGGGACGCACUCAAGGACUGGAAGAUUUGGGUUCACAUGUUCAUCACCAUCGGCGUUUACACACCCCUCUACUCGUUCUCCCUCUUCCUCCCCACCAUUAUCAAGAACAUGGGCUACACCAACGAGAAGUCCCAACUCAUGACCGUCCCUCCCUAUGUUGUCGCAUGCUUGUUCACGAUCGCUGGUGGCAAGCUCGCGGAUUCGCAGAGAAAGCGCGGCCCUUUCAUGGUCUUCUUCUGUAUCCUCGCCAUUGCCGGGUUCACCAUGCUUAUCGCCUCUCAAAAGCCGGGUGUUCAGUACGCUGGCACUUUCUUGGCCGCCUGCGGUGUGUACCCCAAUGUCCCCAUGGGUGUCGCCUGGAACGGAAACAACAUCGGCGGUAGCACUAAGCGCGGUGUCGGACUGGCCAUGCACGUCGGUUUCGGUAACCUCGGUGGUAUGAUUGGUGCUUUCAUCUACCGAUCUCGUGAUGCCCCUCACUAUUACCCCGGUCAUGGAACUCUCAUUGCCACUCUUUCCAUGUCCGCCAUCCUCUCUGCUCUCAUGUCCGCCUGGCUCAAGCGCGAAAACGACCGCCGUGACCGAGUUGCACAGGAAACUAACCUUCCUCUCAAGGCUGACGAGUACACUCCCGAGAUGUUGGAGAGGGAGCGAGAGAACGGAGACUACGCGUCGUUCUUCAGAUACACAAUCUAA